AACUGUUCAGGGGUUACGCUGCUCUACAUGUUGGAGAUAAACAGAUUAGCAGUUUGAGAGGCGCCUUUUCUAUUUAUUCCAUGUAUGUGAUUCACGUCAUGUUCAUCGCCACCCCUCAGCUGUUCAGUGUGUGUAGAAAAUGUCAGAUCUGUUUGUUAAAGACAGAGCUGGACAUACUUCCUGUAAUUCGGUUUGGUGACUAAUACGUCUGUAGGUCAGUUUUCAAAGAGCACCCGAUGCUGUUUAUGUGCUGGUCACAUGUCGCUUGUUCUGAAGCCAGGCUCUUUGGAGGACUGGAUAUCUCUGUUUGUUUGAGGAAGGGGCUACUCGUCACUGCAGUCGAUGAAUCAGGAUGAAUUCCUACGCUGACGAUGAACAACUGCGACCUGGACUCAGAAGACACAUGGUGCGAAAUGCUAGUCGAAUCACCAGGGUCAUACAAGAUUAGAUUUUAAAGUAAGAAGAUACAAAAUAAAGACAAUGAGUAAUAAAGUGCUUUGACAGUCCCCUAUUUGCCAAGAGAAAGAUGCACAGAACUACGCCUCGUCUUUUACAGGAAAAAAAAAAACAAACAUGCAGGACGUACGCCCUGCGAAGGGUACGUGAUGCGUUCCGAGAGAACCGGAAUGUCGAGGACCCAAAAGUUCUGGACCAGCUGUUGAACAAAGCACGCGACAAUCUGGCCAUCAUCCAGAGACAGUUGAGAGUUUCCUUUGCUGUACGCUUUGGAUCUUUCUCCAGCUGGAAGCUCCACCCACGUCUCAUCUUGAUCAUCCUGGGGGAUGGCAGCAGAUUCUUCUCAAGAAUCUCCCGGUAGUCAUAGGAAGGUUGUACGAGGUUCAACGGACCGUAGUGGAAGCCCAGUCGGGGAAAUUCUUCUGAUUUGGACACAAGUGGACUAUGCAGCUGUCUGUAGAGGGGGACCAAGGCUUUUCAGGAAACCGCUGACU